AUGUCUUCCUCAUCGCAGAAACCACGCAUACAAGAUAUUAUUGACGUUGCCGAGAGUUCGGACGCAGAGCACCCAUCUUCAGGCUCAGAGUCUGGCGAUCCUGAUCAGACAAGUCAGCCAACGGAACAAGAUGCAACGGGGUCAUCCUCGAAGAAGAAGAAGAAAAAGAAGAAAUCCAAAGCUGCAAAGGCGCUGAAUGCGCUCAAAGGCAAGAAGGAACUUCCUCAGGAACUUGUCGAUCGCGUCCUUGAAGGGGUCACUGCCGAGCAUGGGGAGAACUCUCCAGCCGCAAACGAAGAGGCCGUCAGGCAGGCACUUGAGCAAUUGAAGGUCAUGGAUAUGCUCAAGGGCAAGGCUGGACUUGGAGGGCGAGGAAAGAAGGCCAUGGGCGAACAUAAGUUCUGGGCUACCCAACCUGUUCCUCAGCUCGGCGAAGGUGCGCCCGAGGAGGAUGGCUGCAUCGAACCAUCUAGGCCUCGCGAAGAAGUUCGUCAGGACCCCUAUCCUAUUCCUAAAGAAUUCGAGUGGUCAGUUUUAGAUAUCAAUGAUCCGAAGGAGAUCAAAGAAGUUUACGACCUUUUGUCUCUGAAUUAUGUCGAGGACGACGAUGCAUCCUUCCGGUUCCAAUAUAGUGCAGAAUUUCUAGAAUGGGCACUCAAGCCGCCAGGUUAUCACAAAGAGUGGCAUAUUGGUGUUCGUGUUGCCUCGAACAAAAAACUUGUUGCGUUCAUCUCAGGGGUGCCUAUAACUUUACGUAUCCGUGGAAAUAUCGUCAAGGCGAGCGAGAUCAACUACCUCUGCAUACACAAAAAGCUCCGCGCAAAGCGCCUGGCACCAGUCUUGAUCAAAGAGAUAACCCGACAAUGUCACCUCUUGGGCGUUUUUCAAGCUAUUUACACUGCAGGCGCCAUCCUACCAACCCCAGUAUCGACUUGUCGUUACUAUCACCGACUGCUCAAUGUCUCUAAGCUCGUUGAUGUCAAAUUUACCUAUGUUCCUAGGAACAUGACAUUGGCGAGGAUGAUUCGACUUUAUAAGAUAGGGCUGUCCCCAUCUAUCCCCGGUCUACGGGAGAUGGAAGAAAAGGACGUCGCCCAAGUGGCAGAUUUAUUCACUCGCUAUAUGGAAAGGUUUCCCAUGGUCCCAGAGAUGACGAUAGAGGAAGCUCGCCAUCAGUUCCUGAGUGGGCGAGGCGACACGAGCCCGUCCUCGGCAACUUUCCGACGGCCUCGCCAAGUUGUUUGGACUUAUGUUGUAGAGGAUCCCGAGACCCACAAAAUAACGGACUUUUUCUCAUUUUAUUCCCUUCCUUCCACCAUCAUCGGCAAUACCAAGCACAAUUUACUUGAAGCUGCAUAUCUAUUCUACUAUGCUUCUGAUGUUGCCUUUGGCUCCGGAGCAGAUGACGAUGUCCUCAAGAAGCGUUUGGAAAAGCUGGUUGGCGACGCAUUGAUCAUAGCAAAUGAGGCAAAAUUCGAUGUGUUCAAUGCCUUAACAUUGAUGGACAACGUGAAUUUCUUAGAGGAUCUCAAGUUCGGUGCAGGAGAUGGGCUCCUGAACUUCUACCUGUACAACUGGAGGACUGCACCACUCGCUGGCGUCACCGCAAUUGAUGGGGUCUCUGCUGGUAAAGGCGUUGGUGUUGUUAUGUUGUAA